AUGAUAAAUGGCUUACUCUCAUUUCCACCUGGUGAUGUAGGCUUUCCUGUGGUUGCUACAGAUGGGGAGUUCGUUCUAGGUUUUGCAGUUGUUGGAUUCAUUGAAGAUGGGGAAUUUGUCUCAGGUUUCGAAGAUGUCAGUUUCCUUGAAGAUGAUGUUGCUAUAGUACUCGGUGUAGAUGGGGAGUUGGUUGGGGGUUUUUGGGAUGUCAUUUUCUCUGAGGGACUCGUCGGGGUGCUCGGUGUGUGCGAAGUUAUUGGAGAAGACGGUGCGGACGUGGUUGCUGCAGUGGUCGGUGUAGAUGGCGAGAUCGAUUUUGGCGUUGGAGACGUAGGUUUCUUUGACGAUGUCAUUGUCGGAGUACUUGGUGCAGGUGGUGCUGCUGGAGAGUGUAGUGUAGAUGGCGAGAUCGAUUUCGGUGCUGGAGAUGUCCUUUCCUUCGAAGGACUGGUCGGACUAUUCCGUGUAAAGGUUGUUGGAGAGUGUGGUGCAGAUGACAAGGUUCCUUUGGAUUUUGGUGAAGUAGAUUUUUGUGUCGAUGGUGUUGUUGAUGUGGAUGGGCUAGAUGUCGAGCUUACUUUGGAUUUUGGAGAUGCUUUUCGUUGA